AUGACUUUGACAACACGCUUGACGUCUCUUGUUCUGGGCCUUGCUUCCCUGAAGCUGGCUGCGGGCGCUGCCAUCGCGCAGCCGGAAGUCGUACCUGGCCCAGGCCUACCCAGCCUUGAGCAACUCGGCCUCACAUCUGCUGAGCUCUACAGCUUGGGCAAGCCAAACAUCACUGCUGUGCUGGGCAACGAGUUCUCUGCCAACUUUGACCCAAGAUGCGGCCCGGCCGAAGCUGCGUAUGUAAAUGUCAACGACAUCAUCGCAUGCUUCCAUUAUCUUGAUCGUCUUGGCCAUCAGGAUUGCGUUGCUCCACCCAACCUGGGAAUAGUCAGAUUUUGCACUGCUGGAAACGGGGUCGUCUCCGGCCAAGCUCUUGACUCUAGAGGUUCUUCUUCUUGGUGCUCGGAUGUGGCAAAGGCCUCCCUCUAUACUAUCGAUCACUGUACUCGUCCUGAUCAAUCUGUUGCUGGAUUCCAAGCUGCCAAUGGUAACGGUAAUCUGAUUGUUGGCUCAACCAACAAGAGGUGGAUUGGAGGCUAG